AUGACAUCGGAACAAAAAGAUAGAAUUUGGAAUGGUAUUGACACACAAACGAAGAUUGAAAAUUUUCAACGGCAACAACAAUUAAAACCAACAAGCUCAACAUUGGAACAACAAACAAUCAGUGAUUCAAAUGGAAAUAAUCAAAAUGAUGAUAAUUGGGAAUCUGUACAAACUCGUAGAAAUAAUAAAAAAAAGAACACUGGAAAUAAUAAUAUUGAUCAUCGUCUACAACAUAAGGUGUUAUCUAACUCAAGUAAAAUUCAUUCUCCAUCUAACCAAAAUCGAAUCUCUUCUUCUUCUUCAUCCCACAGCAAUCAACAUCAAACAAACAGAGAUGGAAAUCGAUUAUCAAUAACUAAUUAUGCAUUAGAUUAUGCUUCUAAUUACCAUUUAAAUUGGAAUGUUAUCCAAAAAUUAUUGAAAGAAAAGGAAGGUACAAGAAAAGAUCAUUAUCCAAAUCAAUUAAAUAAUGUUAAAAUUAACCCGAUUCCUCCUAAUCAUUUACCACCACAACACACGGUGAUAAUUAAAUGGGUUAAUAAUUCAUUAAUAGAUGAUGAUAUUUGUGAUGAAUAA